GAGAUCCUUAAAUACCACAUGAUCUAGACAUCAUUCGAAGUAAUGGUCAACGUUUUUGGCUAUUCAAAUGAAGAAAAGAUGAAUGGUAAGAAGAGAUACUAGGAUCUCCACUUCCUUGCAAGCCCUUUAUAGCCUGCAGUUUCAGUCUUCAAACCAAACCGUCUACACAAGCGAUCCCACUUCUCUCCAGUCUCCAGGAAAGAUGUUUGAGAGAAAGAUAUCAGGGAAUGGUUUUGAUGAAGAACAAGGAGAACCUUCAAAUUAUCCGGUGGACAAGGUUGAUGCUGGGAAACCUGCACCACUGACCUGGCAGCGGAAAUUAGACGGGGAUGAAACUGUCCUUUCGCAGUUCACUUUAAGUUUGCAAGAGAAACUUUUAAUGGCCCCUAUAGGUAUUCGGCUAUGGCGUCAUAUCCGAGAAGAAAAUGCCAGAAAAAGGGGGGGUUUUUAUAUGGAUCCAUUUGCUAAGCGCAAUGUGACAUCUUGUCUUGGCAUUCCAGUAGGCGGUAUUGGUUCAGGAAGCAUUGGAAGAAGUUACAAAGGUGAAUUUCAGCGUUGGCAACUGUUCCCUAGAAUAUGCGAAGAAAAACCUGUUUUAGCAAAUCAAUUUUCUAUUUUUGUUUCGCGCUCAAAUGGUAAAAAAUAUUCCAGUGUACUGUGCUCGAGGAGUCCAGAUGUGCUUGAAGAAGCUGCAGGCUCAGGGAUUGAAUCUUGGGACUGGAAUCUGAAGGGAAAUAAUUCCACAUAUCAUGCUUUAUACCCCAGGGCUUGGACUGUAUAUGAGGGCGAACCUGAUCCAGAACUCAGGGUUGUUUGUCGUCAAAUUUCACCUAUUAUUCCUCAUAAUUACAAAGAGAGCAGCUUCCCUGCAUCAGUUUUUACCUUCAAGCUCUACAAUUCUGGGAAGACUUCUGCAGAUGUCACCUUGCUUUUCACAUGGGCAAAUUCUGUUGGAGGGGUUUCUGAAUUUUCUGGUCAGCACCUCAACUCAACAAAAAUGAUGGAGGAUGGUGUACAUUGUGCACUUCUGAAUCACAAGACAGCAAACGGGCUUCCCUCGGUAUCCUUUGCAAUCGCUGCACAAGAGACUCCUGUUGUUCAUGUCUCAAAAUGUCCUUGCUUCGUGAUAUCUGGAAACUCACAAGGUGUCACAGCCAAAGAAAUGUGGAAUGAAGUAAAAGAGCAUGGGUCCUUCGACAACCUCAACUCACCUGGAAAGCUGGUGCCUUCGGAACCAGGAUCAUCUAUUGGGGCAGCCGUUGCAGCGACUUCAACAGUCCCACCAGAUGGUGUAUGUACAGUUACUUUUUCAUUGGCAUGGGACUGCCCUGACGUAAAAUUUGGGAGUGGAAGGACUUACCACAGGCGUUACACAAAAUUCUAUGGUACUCAUGGAGAUGCUGCUGCAAAUAUUGCGCAUGAUGCUAUUCUAGAGCAUGGCCUUUGGGAGUCAGAGAUAGAAGCCUGGCAAAGACCAAUUCUUGAAGACAAGAGACUUCCUGAAUGGUAUGCUGGCACUCUCUUUAAUGAGCUCUAUUAUCUUAAUUCAGGGGGGACAGUUUGGACAGAUGGAUCCCCUCCAUUCCGUAGCUUAGCAACUAUUGAAGGAAGUAAGUUUUCUCUCGACAGGGCAGGUUCCAACCUGGGCCAUCAAGGUGAUACUGCUGUUGACAUUCUUGGAAGGAUGACUUCUGCACUUGAGGAAAUCCACACUCCUUUAACAACCAAUUCUGCUUUUGGAACUAAUUUACUACAAGAAGGAGAAGAAAAUAUUGGUCAAUUCCUUUAUCUAGAAGGGAUCGAGUAUCACAUGUGGAACACCUAUGAUGUUCACUUUUAUGCAUCUUUCGCCUUCAUUAUGCUGUUUCCCAAACUUCAGCUCAGCAUUCAAAGGGACUUUGCAGCGGCAGUUAUGAUGCAUGAUCCCAGUAUGAUGCCACUGCUACACGAUGGGCAGCGUGUCCCCAGAAAGGUUAUUGGAGCUGUCCCUCAUGACAUUGGGAUCCAUGACCCAUGGUUUGAAGUAAAUGCCUAUAACCUCCACAACACUGAUCGCUGGAAAGACUUGAAUCCAAAAUUCGUUCUCCAGGUUUACAGGGAUGUGAUUGCUACUGGAGACAAGAAGUUUGCACGAGCUGUUUGGCCAUCAGUUUAUGUUGCAAUGGCUUAUAUGGAUCAGUUUGACAGGGAUGGUGAUGGGAUGAUUGAGAACGACGGCUUUCCUGAUCAGACAUAUGAUACGUGGUCUUUGUCAGGGGUUAGUGCAUAUUGUGGUGGGCUAUGGGUGGCAGCCUUACAGGCUGCAUCAGCCCUGGCAUGGGAAGUAGGAGACAAGGAUUCGGCAGAAUAUUUUUGGUGUAGGUUUCAGAAGGCAAAGAUUGUGUAUGGCAAGUUAUGGAAUGGUUCUUACUUCAAUUAUGACAACAGCGGUGGUAUCAAUAGCUCAUCCAUUCAAGCUGAUCAAUUGGCCGGACAAUGGUACGCACGAGCAUGCGGACUUUCACCUAUUGUUGACGAGGACAAAGCUCGAUGUGCACUGGAGAAGAUUUAUAAUUACAACGUCCUGAAGGUGCAGGAUGGGAAACGAGGGGCCGUAAAUGGGAUGCUACCUGAUGGAACAGUUGACUUGUCAUGCCUACAGUCAAGAGAAAUAUGGUCCGGGGUCACAUACGCAGUUGCUGCAACCAUGAUCCAGGAAGGCUUGACAGAUAUGGCAUUUCAUACUGCUAGUGGAGUCUACGAGGCUGUGUGGGCUGAACAAGGACUUGGAUAUUCCUUUCAAACUCCUGAAGGUUGGAACACCACUGACCAGUAUAGAUCCUUAUGCUACAUGCGGCCUUUGGCCAUCUGGGCAAUGCAGUGGGCCUUAUCAAGACCGGAACUUCACCGGCAGGAAAUGAAAUUACAAGCCGGGGAAGACUCUGUGCCUGUGCACCAUGCUGGCUUCGCCAAAGUUGCUCGUUUUCUCAAGUUGCCUCAUGCCGAAUCAUCUAAAAGCCAUUUCCAAUCCUUGUUUGAGUAUGCUACCACCAAGUUUGGUUACAGUUAAUCGAUUACACACACACACACACACAUAUAGAUUUCAGAUUUCAGUUUGAUGAUUUCUUUCUUUCGUGAUGGAUUAUUAUGUGAUUAGUUUUUUACGAAAUUUACUAUAAUAAAGUAAAUUAAUAUUUGAUUAGAAA